CUUCUCGAUUCUCGAUCCAUCUAUUCCACUCCAUUCAGUCAAUCAGUCCCUUCUAAACUACAAUACUACAGUACCCGUUUCAUUAAUUUUCCGCUCGAAAAAGACAGAUAGAAGGAUGGAGACUCAUCAUCAGGCAAACAACAAGGACGUCGUUGUGGCCUCGAGCCAAGCCGAGGAACGUCAGGAAGAGCUGUAUACUGGUACUAGUGCUGAUGGUAGCGGUACCAACAAUGACGCGGCCGAUCUCGGCGACUGCAGCAACCAUGCUCCGCACUACCAUGGCGAAGCAAAGGCAGAUGCAAAGGCGGAGAAAGACUGCCACUCCUCCUGUCAACAGGAAGAGAAGGAAGAGGUCGACGUACCGGUAAGCAAGGGCUCCAUUAUUUCGGAUACGAAUAGCAAGAGCGAAACUCAGGCUUCUUCCUUGGAAGGGGAGGUUAAGGCUUCCGCCAGUAAGAAGCAAGCAACCAACGAAGGGUUGUCCACUUCGGAUGAUGGUGACAUCAAUAGUAGCAAUCGGAAUUCACACUUGGUUCAAGCCUGGGCAAACAGCAGUCAAAAUGCGCUGUCCCAUGGCGUCAUACUCGAGUCCAUCCAACCACUUCCUCCUCGUCGCCAGCGUCCCGUUUCGCAAGCAUCCCAACCCGGUGCAUAUGCCGUCCAAUCGCCAUUUAUGAAUGACCCUGGCAGCAGUAACAACAGCACAAUGGUUGCACCCAGGCUGCCCUCGUCCGAACAGCAACAGCAGCAACCAGACUACAUCCAUUUGUCACACGCAGAACCCGUAGAUCCUAAUGUUGAGCUACCAAUGGCACAGGAGUAUGACCAAGAAGGACAACAUUAUCGAGCCAGAAGACAAACGGAAAGGACCAACUGGCUGGUUGGCAAACUCAUUGGUUUUGGCCUGGCUCUUCUGGUAGUCAUACUCAUUCCCGUAGUCCUUCUCCACAACAAAGAUGCAACGACAACGACCACGACUACAGUGUCUCCAACACAGGUGCAACCACCACCAACUCCAAUCUCUUUAGAAGGUCAAAUACUCAGUUUCCUUCCAAACAACACCGUGACAAAGAUACUUUCACUUGGCAAUCACACGGCCCAAGCCAAGGCCUUUCAAUGGUUGCUCGAUGAUCCGUUCUUGGACACUUACUUGUCACAAGGAGGAUGGAGAAUCCAGCAACGCUUUGCAUUGGCAACUCUCUACUAUGCCCUUGAUGGCCCCCAUUGGCUGCGCAAUGAUCAUUGGCUCAGCUAUGGGAAUAGUAGUGGCCAUGAUAAUAAUGAAUGCCACUGGUUCUCCCAACAAAUAUCCAACUUAUGGCCCCCCAAGACUGCGGACGGAUACCCCUGUCUGGAUCAGAAUCUUACUGAUCACAACGGAACAGCCCAAGAACCACCUGGAGCUUUCACCCGGCUUUGGUUACACGAGAACGACCUUCAAGGGUCAGACGAGGAUCAUCGGGAAGGCAUCCCGAAUGAGCUCUACUUGCUGACAUCCUUGACCAGUCUAUCACUCUAUGCCAAUUCAAGACUGGAAACAACAAUAUCUUCCCAAGUUGGACAGCUCACAAAGCUGGAACUCUUGUACAUGGCCAGCAUGGAUGGUCUCACUGGAACUGUUCCGACAGAAGUUGGACUAUUGACAGGAUUGGUGGAGCUUCAUUUCCAAUAUAGCGGUCUGACAGGAAGUCUCCCCUCAGAGCUGGGGCUUCUAUCCAACCUCCAACAAAUGUACUUGGAUACCAAUCAAUUCUCUGGUCCGAUUCCAUCCGAGUUUGGCAAUUUGAGUCAGUUGUUGUUUAUGUACUUGUUCAACAAUAAGUUGACGGGACAACUGCCAUACCAGUUGGGAUCCCUUCCUCUUGUGGAGCAUCUGUCCUUGGAUGGGAAUGCCUUCUCUGGAACUAUUCCAUCCCAGUUUGGUCAACUCUCCAGCCUGACCGCACUGAAUGCUAGAAACAAUGCCAUCCAUUCACAGCUACCAACCGAACUUGGAUUGCUAUCAACCUCCCUGGAAUUUUUACAUCUGAAUGACAACCUGCUUUUCGGUACCAUCCCAUCUCAGCUAGGGCAACUCGCCCACUUGCACCAGCUGGUUCUUCACAACAAUGCCAUAACUGGGACUGUGGCCACAGAAAUGGGCCUCCUCCACAACAUGACAAACUUUGUCAUUAGUAAAAACUUUAUCCAAGGCUCAGUUACCUCUCAGUUGGGGCAACUUUCAAACUUGAGGGUGUUGGGUUGUUGGUCAAACAGACUCACUGGUAGCUUGCCAUCAGAGCUUGGAUUGUUGAGCCAACUGAUUGCUAUGCAUUUCGAUAUGAACAAACUUUCUGGAUCAGUGCCAUCCCAUUUUGGAUCACUUCAGAGCCUUCUGUUCCUCCAUUUGCAGGACAACAGCCUUUCUGGUAGCAUUCCUUGGGAGGUUUCCCGGAUGAGCUCUCUGAUCGAGCUAUAUCUGAAUCAAAAUGAGCUCACCUCAAGCAUCCCGUCACAGCUGGGACGAUUGUCCAACCUGACAGGCUUUAGCCUUCACAGCAAUUCUCUUUCAGGGGGCAUACCAACUGAAUUUGGAGCACUAUACAGCUUGACAGGUUUUGGCAUCUUCGGGAAUAACAUUUCCGGACGAAUCCCAAGUGAGUUUGGAGAACUCUCCAACUUGGAGGCUCUGUAUCUGGGUGAGAACCAAUUGUCAGGCAGCAUUCCUCCAACCCUGGGCAGUCUGCGUCAUUUGGACAGCUUGUAUUUCAGCCACAAUAGCUUGACUGGAACAUUGCCAAGCGAGUUGGCUCUUUUGACAAGCCUGGCAGUUCUGCUGAUAAACAAUAUGAAUCUGUCCGGGACAAUUCCUACAGAACUCGGUGCCCUGGGAAACACUUUAUUGCUAUUUGACAUUACUGGUAAUGACAGUUUGUCUGGGGUUGUCCCACACAAGCUUUGCUCGAUUGGAGCCAAUCAAUCUUGUCGUUUCAACUCCUGCAUGCUGUCAUUUGAGUGCACCGAUAAGCUUUGUGGGUGUCACUGUCCAUGCGAGUAGAGUGUUGCAAUCUUGGAGUGAACCCAGACUAGACCAAUGCAGUUUCAUUUGGUUUUAUAUCAUGAUUUUACCGGUGUUCAGCUUGUAUGUUCAUGGCUUCCCAGAAACCAAUUUCAUCGUGCAGUGGCUGCAUGGCUACCUCUGCACUGUACAGCCAGGAUCCAUGCAGCCUUCCGUUUCUGAGUGUUCCUUUGAAGCCGUGCCUCGUCCUUACAGCUGGCUCGCUACUCUUUUCUCAACUAUUCGGGCAACUGCUCAACAUAAUGGAUUGGUUUGAAUCGAAUCGAAUCGUUCCAUCCUGCUCGAAAUGGGUAAGGCGGAGCGACAUGCCAGCACAGCUCCAAAAGGUAAAGCAAGCUUCAGAGUUAUUUUGUCCGAAGUUGCUUUGUCCUCCGAUUUUCUUCGCACACGUCGCUCUUUCCCUUUGGCGGGAUUGUACAAUCAUAACAUAGAAACACAACGAUCCAGCCAUGUCCCAGGUCGUGAUAAAAGAGAUGGCGAAAGCCACCAACCAGAGACGUACGUGGGCUCGAAUCGGCACGUGUAGUUCCGGAUCCGGAACAGUGCUGGCCGUUCUGCAGUCAUCUAUUCUCGUUGCUUCUCAACACGGUCAGGAAACCUGCCCAAUUUUGAAUUUGACAGUUUUGCAUGUAUGAAAUUCCACAAUUGGCUGCACAAGUGUGAAAUUGAAAGCUACUUUCAUAACAAAUGUGAAACACUUCACAUGUGAAACCGUUCAGUUUUGUUUUGUUUGUUUUUGGGGGCACCUCUGUGAAACUAAAACUAAAGGUGACAUUCAAUUGUACGAUGUACCAGAUACAGCUCGUGAAACCAGCGGCUUUCCGGAAGUGCGGCUACUGGCCAGGUUUAUCCACCAAGGAUACUGGUCAGGGUACCUUUACUGGUUGUCUACCACUUCCGUUUCCGAAUCUGAAUGCGAUAAGCUAUGCGAUUGUUGCCGCAUCCUUUCUCCAAGCAAGAUCCCAGGACCCAGAGAAGUCCCUACUCCCUACUCAAUUAUUUGGAGGCAGACAUACAAGACAUCUUUGCUUCAGAAAAUUUUUACUUACCGAGGUAAGUAUCAUCUAUGUAGCUCAGUUGCUCCUUGCUACUCAGUAUGAUUCAAAGACACGCACGUGCUUGGAUCAAGGCAGUUUUGGCUGCCAGUGAAAAAUUCAGUGCCGGCAAAGAACCCAGUACACGGAGCAGCCACUUUGUUUCUUUGCUCGAAUGCUGCCAACUUUACAUUCCUUUCUCUGUAAAGUAAAGAAAACUAGCUAGGACCAGCUACCUGCGAUGCAACUUCCUUUGCAUUGUCAGCAACAACGUUUGUAAGCGGUUGGACGGUUGGAUUUUGCACAUAUCUGCCGCUUUGAUGGCACUUGGCUGCUUGGUUGGUAUUUACUGUUUACUGAUUACUGACUGGAGGGGCCAAACAGUAGCAGUAAUGGCAGUAAUGCAGUAAUUCCUCAGUAGCAGUAAUCAGGUACAGUAAUUUAAAGCCAUUUGAAGGCAGUAAAUCACAGUAAUUGCAGUAAAAUAGGGUGAUUACUGUCCUUUUACUGUCAUUUACUGUCAAUUACUAUUGAAUUGGCAGAUUUAUUACUGCCAGGAAUUACUGACUGCAGUAACUACUGGCCAAUAAAGGCAGGAAAAGUACAGUAAGUAACCAGUAACCAGGAAUUACUGGAGUAAUUACCCACCAAGCUUGGCUGUACAUACCGGUAUCCUUCCAGUGAUACAGCAAGCAGAAGAGACGUCUGCGACACGCUACGAGGCUCCAAGGUCCAAAAAAGUAAAAAAGCCACCAAGAAGCCACAGGAUCCGGUCCACAGUCAUUGUUCUCAAGGAGGGGUAAUGUCCGGGAGCAUUCCGUGUGCUCACUAUGUACUAGUAUACUCGAGUAAUGGUUUUAAUUAAAGUUACUUACUUGUGCAACUUGUCUUCAUCGUUCAUCGAUCGAGCUCAAUCGAAACACCAAAUUCACCAAGCACCAAGCUUGGUUGGUAUUUACUGUUUAUUCCUUACUGCCAUGAGGUCAGUAAAAGGAGCAGUAAUGGCAGUAAUGCAGU